UUUAGGUUUUGACUGAUGAAACUUAAAAGUACCCCUCAAUCCGCGAGAAAAAGAAGGGAAGAGUAAUGGGUUCUGUUCUUUUCCAUUAAAAUCUAGUCUUCCACCAAUAGUUUCUACGAAUUUGUUCUUGGAAGUUUCACUUGUUUGUAUUGGUGCGUUGGUGUAUGGUAUCGGACCAGGUUGUAUUGUGUGGACUAAAAUGGAGGAGUCGGUAGGUAGUGCUAUGAUUAAACUCACAGGUCAAAAUUGGGUGACUUGGAAGCCUAGAAUGGAGGGAAUCCUUUAUUGAAAGGAUUUACAUGAACCUAUUGAAGGUCACGUAGCUAAACCAGAGGAAAUGACUGAAAAGCAAUGGUAUAUUCAGAAUAGAAAGGCCAUAGGAACAAUCAUACAGUGGGUGGAUGACAGUGUGUUUCGUCAUGUGGCGCGAGAGACAAAUGCUCAUAAACUAUGGACAAAAUUGGAGUUAAUGUUUGAGAGGAAAGCCAUAACUAAAAAGUUUUUUUCUGAUUAAAGACUUAGUCAAUUUGAAAUACAAGGAAGACAUGAGCAUGACAGAGCAUUUGGCUAAUUUCCAGAAUAUCAUAAACCAGCUAGCAACUAUGAGUAUGGUACUUGAAAAUGAAUUGCAAGCUUUGUUGCUUUUGAGCUCGUUGCCAGAUGGCUGGGAGACCUUCGUCAUGACUGUCAGUGAUUUUGCUGCUAAUGGUGUUUUAUCUGUGGAUUUUGUGAAAGAUAGCAUGCAGAACGAAGAAACAAGAAAAAAAAUUUCUGGGGUUUGCACGGAGCAAAUGGAAAGUGACAAUCAGAAAAUGGAAGAUGAUAAGAACAACACGGUGAUUGUCCAUUUUCGUGCUUUGGAGAGACCCAAAGAAGAUGAAUUCUGCUUAGAGCUGUUGAUUUAUCUAACCAAUUUGGGCAAAAUUUCCGGAGCAGAGAACCACACAUAUUUUGAUGUCGUGGAAAGGGUAGCUCAACACCUUGAGUUGGAUGAUAUAACUAAAAUUCAGCUUACUCCUCAAGAUUACUAUUCUCAGAAACCAAAGCCCAAUCCUAUUAAAUAUAGAUCAGUUGAUCGCCUACUAGACAUGCUUGUCAACUACAAUCAGAGCUCUAAUAUUCUGUAUUAUGAAGUAAUGGACAAUCCUCUACCAGCAUUUAGAGUUAUGUCACAGUCAAUUAAGGAGGGCCAUAUCAAAAUAAAAUGCCUUAUUUUUCUGACAGAGCAAAUGGAAAGUGACAAUCAGAAAAUGGAAGAUGAUAAGAACAACACGGUGAUUGUCCAUUUUCGUGCUUUGGAGAGACCCAAAGAAGAUGAAUUCUGCUUAGAGCUGUUGAUUUAUCUAACCAAUUUGGGCAAAAUUUCCGGAGCAGAGAACCACACAUAUUUUGAUGUCGUGGAAAGGGUAGCUCAACACCUUGAGUUGGAUGAUAUAACUAAAAUUCAGCUUACUCCUCAAGAUUACUAUUCUCAGAAACCAAAGCCCAAUCCUAUUAAAUAUAGAUCAGUUGAUCGCCUACUAGACAUGCUUGUCAACUACAAUCAGAGCUCUAAUAUUCUGUAUUAUGAAGUAAUGGACAAUCCUCUACCAGCAUUGCAAUGUCUGAAGACUCAAAGAGUUUCUUUUCGUCAUGCCACAAAGGAUGAGGCCGUAGUACUGAAUAUUAGAUUGCCGAAACAAAGCACCGUGGGAGAUAUUUUUAAUGAGAUCAAAACAAAGGUAAAGUUGUCUCAACCAAAUGCAGAACUCAGGUUGCUCGAAAUUUUCUAUCACAAAAUUUAUAAGAUCUUUCCACUCAAUGAAAAGAUUGAAAGGAUAAAUGAUCAGUACUGGACAUUAAAGGCUGAGGAGAUUCCUGAAGAAGAGAAGAACCUUGGUCCCAAUAGCCGUUUGAUUCAUGUUUACCAUUUUAUGAAACAGAAUGCACAGAAUCAAGCGCAAGUCGAGAAUUUUGGGGAACCCUUCGUUUUGGUCAUUCGUGAAGGUGAUACUCUAGCAGAUGUUAAAAUGCGGAUUCAAAAGAAAUUGCUGGUUCCUAACGAGGAAUUCUCUAAGUGGAAGUUUGCUUUUGUCUCACUGGGGCAUCCAGAUUAUCUCAAGGACUCUGACAUUGUGUAUAGCCAUUUUCGGAGAAGAGAUGGUUUUUGUGCUUGGGAGCAAUACCUUGGGUUAGAGCAUUUUAACACUACACCUAAAAGGGCUUAUGCUGCAAACCAGAAGCGCUGCAAAUUUGAGAAACCCGUGAAAAUAUACAAUUAAAUGGAAUUGCUCGUCUCAUUCUUCUUACUCGGAGUCAACAUUGAAAAUGUGAAGAACUUGAAAUCCGAGAUGUGUAAAGGAGAGUUGCAAGGCAGAAAAGAGGAUAGCUGAUGACUUUUUCUCCCUCCAUGUUUCUUCUGUUCACAUAGUUGUUUUGUUAGUGCAAUUAUAUUUUGACUUGAAAUGGAAAAAGGAUGAGCUUUCACUCAAAUGUAUCUUUGCUUUUAGUGGUUGGUAUUCUAUACUUUGCUAUCUUCAGGAAUUUUUUGGUUUCUAUGUAAUGUUACCUUGCAUUUCAAGUUUUUGGUUAAUGGGAUUG